CUGACGUGUUUAUUCUGGUGUUUUAUAUUAUAAUACUAAUGUACAUAACGCAUGCUAAAGUUUACUAYAUUUUCUCAUUUAAAUUGCAUAAAAUGAUGUACGUAAAGGGAAAUUAUUUAAGAUGGACACAAAUUAUUUUAUUUGCAACGAUUAUAUUUCCUACUAGAAUAAACUCUUCAGCAAGUGAAAAACUUCAGACACAUUCUGGAAUUUCUACUGAUUAUUCGGAUUAUGAUGAGGGCACCAGUAAGCCCGUUAAGGAUCAAGCAUCGGCCCAGAUGCCGUGUGGAGACUUCCGGCCGGGGGAAGACGAUCUACAAAUAAUCGAUUUUAUUAGAAAAUUUGGGUUGGAUUCGGCAGAAGAAAUAUAUAAAAAAAGUGUAAUCAAAGUGAUAGGAUCUAACCGUUUUCAGACCGCUUAUAGGGUGGAAAAAAUAGCACGUUUAAUAAUGCCAACAAGAAAUGUAUUUCCUUUGGGCAUACCUCAACAGUUUUCUUUUAUUGCUACGUUCAGCUCUAGAAUGGUAACCAGAGCACAGUGGCACAUACUUAAAAUUGUUGAUUACCAGAAUAGCACUAAUUUACAAAUUUCACUAAAUCAAGUUGUGGGGACCGUAGAAUUCUCUAUUGUUAAUUAUGACGGGUACUUACAAACUGUAAAAUUUGAAGCAAACUACAUUUUUGAUAGAAAUUGGCAUAAAUUACAUUUUGGAGUAUUUUAUGAUAGAGUAGUACUUUACAUAGAUUGUAAACAAGUUGGAGUUAAAAUGUUGGAACCUAGAGGUACUGUGGAUAUGUUUGGUAAUACAGCCUUAGUGAUAAAUAACGAUUAUCAAGCAGCACCAGUGGAUGUACAAUGGAUAACACUUAGUUGUGAUCCAACGAAACCACAACGGGAAGGAUGUGCUGAAUUAUAUCUAAUGAGAGAAGAAUCUGUACAAAUUCAACAACCAGAUGUAGCUACGACUGGUAGUAAUUGUCCUUUUCGAGAAAAUCAAUGCGCAAACAAACAUCCACCAAUUAUAAAUCAAAGUAAACAGGGACCGCCUGGACCACAAGGACCACYUGGACCAUCUGGACCACAAGGACAAGAAGGGCCACAGGGACUAACAGGACCACAAGGCCCUCCAGGUCAACCAGGAAUUCCAGGAGCAGAAGGCCCGCGAGGAUAUCAGGGUUUACCCGGUACACCAGGUAUACCAGCACUGCCCGCUUUACAAGGAGAAAAAGGAGAAAGAGGAGAACCUGGAAUUCAAGGUAUUAAAGGUGAACCUGGACUUCCUGGAACUAUAACUUAUAUUCCAGCUAAAUUAGAAACACAAUAUAUAAGACCGCUAGAACAAUUAGCAGAACUAACAAACACCUUCGUUGGUCCACCUGGGCCCCCUGGUCGGUCAAUUAUAGGUAAACCAGGUCCACCGGGUAUCCAAGGUCCCCCAGGCGAGCCUGGGCCACCAGGCUUAGGUAUGCCYGGUGAAAGAGGCUUUCCAGGAUCUCCUGGUAUACAAGGGUCAACCGGUUCUGAAGGACCAGUUGGGCCAAAAGGAGAUAAAGGAGAGCGUGGACCUGAAGCUGUUGCAUAUGAAGGACCACCCGGACUCCCUGGCCAACCAGGUCCGAGUGGAGCACAUGGCAGACCAGGAGAUAGAGGUGAACCAGGAAGACCAGGUCCAAUUGGUCCAAUUGGUUAUCCUGGACCUCAGGGUUCGCCAGGAUACUGUGAAAUGUGUAAUAAUGUCUACUACGCAGGUAGACCACCAACAGCUGGAAAUUUCAAAGGACCUUGAGUUAAACAUGCACAUGUAUACAAUAUAUUUUAUAUUUUAUAUUAAAUUAUAUAUUACUACAACCUUUACUAAUAAAGAUUUAUGAAAAAAUAAGCAUUUUCAAUAGAACUUACGUAAGAUAUAUCGUACUAUCGUAAGAUGAUAUUAUUAAGUACCUACAUCUAGUAUUGAUUGCAAUCAUGUAUAGAACUGUAGAAGAUUCAAAAAAUGAGAUGUUUGAUUUAUAUUUUAAUGCAAUAAAAUUGUCAGUUAAUUGGAAACAAGUAAUUCAAAUUAA